AUGGAUCGCAUGGAAGCCUCGGAGACGAUUCCCCGCCAUAGAAAAGAGCUGCUCAUCGGGUGCUGCGCUCCGCUUCUAUACGAGGCGCUUUUCCCCGUUAAGCCGUCACUCCGCUUGCAACGUCAAGCAGAUAUCAAUGUCUUGCUUCUAGGCGAGACUAUCUUUACCUAUUCAGUCGCCAUUCUCCAGUAG